CUCACUCUGUGAGCCCUAGGAGAACGUUAACCCAAGGUGCUCCAAGAAGGAGGCUCUGCUGCAGAGGGAAAGAGGGGGAGGACAGGCAUGCUGCGGCUGGUCGUGGAUUCAGCUACGAUUAACCCGCCCCUCAGCCCCCCACCCAGACCCUGUGUGACCGCCUACUUCCGAGAUAUCAAGAGGAGAACUCAUGAAGCAGAAGGGAAUAACCCCAUAUGGAAUGAGACCCUGAUCUGGUACCUCUGGGACUGCCCCCUACAAAAUGACUCUUUUCUGCAAAUCAUCCUUCGGGACGUGGGCGCAGCAAAGAAAGACAGAUUCAUUGGGCUGGCCACAGUACUGCUCUGGCCCUUGGUGAAAAAACCGAGUGAGGUCCUUUCUUUGAAGGACUUGAACCUGCUUAACCAUCUCAUGCUGUCCACAAAUUGCACUGUCACCCUACAUGUGACCCUUGAGAGAAAACAGUAUACAUCGAAAUUAGGUGAUGACGACCUCCUGGGCCCAAGUGCCCAAGAGGUAGCCAGGCAGAAACUGAUGGUCCCUGGCUCCGGCAUGCCCAUGGCUCUGUCCUCGAAGCCUCAGCACUUUCAGGUCCGAGUGAAGGUAUUUGAAGCCCGACAGCUCAUGGGCAACAACAUCAAGCCGAUGGUGAAUGUGGUCAUUGGAGGCUACCAGUACAACACGAGGAUCAAGAUGGGAAACAACCCUUUCUUCAACGAGAUCUUCUUCCAGAAUUUUUAUGAGGUACCUGCUAAGUUAUUUGAUGAGACCAUCUUAAUCCAGGUGAUGAAUUCCACACUGAUGAGAUUCAACUCAGAGAUCGGGAGAUUCCAAACAGAUAUUGGGUUUAUCUACUAUUCUCCAGGUCACACACUCAUGAGGAAAUGGUUAGGCCUCUGCCAGCCGAAUGAACCCAACAGUGGUGUGAGAGGCUACCUGAAAAUCACCAUCUGUGUCCUCGGUGUGGGAGACCAGGUUCUGGUAGAUCAAGAGAUGCCCUAUGGGGCUGAUGACACCACUACUGAGAUCUUCAAGUCAACGGUGGUCCCGACCAACGUAGCCUACUUACAGUUCUUCAUCUACUGCGCAGAGGACCUUCAUCUCAAGAAACAGCACUUAGUAAGUCCUGUGUUGGAGGUGGAACUAAUUGGGGAAAAGCUCAAGACAAAUGUGCUGACUCAAACCGAGAACCCGAUAUGGAACCAGAUCCUGACCUUCCAGAUUCAGCUGCCCUGCCUCUCCAGCUACAUCAAGUUCAGAGUCCUGGACUGUCCCAAGAACAGUUGCCAGGAUGAGAUUGGGACCGUCAGCCUGUUCCUCAACCAGAUCUCAUCUACUGGAGCAGAAAUAGAAGGAAUGUACUCUGGCUUCCUACCCUGUUUUGGCCCCAGCUUCUUGACUCUCCGAGGGGGUAAAAAGGCCCCUUUCAGGAUCCAGGAAGAAAACACUAAUAUUCCCGACUCUCUUAAGGAUGGUCUAACUUAUCGAGGCCGAGUCUUCCUGGAGUUAUCCACCCACGUCACUUCCCAUCAAGACCUUAAGAGGAAAGAUCUCUCCUCCGAAGUGACCAGUAUAGAGAGACACCGUCACCGCCAGAAGUAUGGGCUGUGUGUCAUCUUCCUUUCCUGUACCAUGAUGCCCAACUUUAAGGAUCUGAUCCAGUUCGAGGUCAGCAUUGGCCACUAUGGAAACAAGAUGGACCUGAAUUACAAGCCUUGUGUCUCAACCACACAGUACAGCCCAGUGAUAUAUGAUGGGAACAUCUACCAUUAUGUGCCCUGGUACAACACCAAGCCAGUCGUGGCUGUGACCUCCCAAUGGGAAGACGUCAGCUUCCGCAUGAACUGCCUCAAUCUCCUCCACUUUACCCGGGACCGCCUGAAAGCCAAUCUGGACACCCUGAAAUCCAUAAGGAAUCCAAGAGACCCUGCUCUGCUCCCCCAGUGGGAGAAGCUGCUGAGGGAGCUGGUGGAGGACUGCAAACACCCUCUGCCCUGCAUGGCCCAUCAGCCCAGAGCCACCGAGCUGGACAAGAAGAGGUGGCAGCUCCGCAGCCGCCUCCUACAGGAACUGUCCCAAAAGGCCAAGGAAGUUAAGCCCAGGAACAUGGUGGCCACCGUGGAGGACUGGCUGUACCGCCUCAACGCUGUUCUCCCUGAGCCCCAGAUGAGCCUCCCAGACGUGAUGAUCUGGCUGACGUCCAAGGAGCAGCGGGUGGCCUAUGCACAGGUGCCUACCCACAGCAUCCUGUUCUCCCCAACAGGGGCUCUGCACUCCGGCAGGUUCUGUGGGAAGACACAGACCCUCGUUCUGCAGUACCCAGAAGGUGAAGGACAGGACAUGCUGCCGGUCCACCUCCGGGUCUGCAUGUGGUUUGGCAACAUCUCGGACAGCAAGGAUCUGCAGCUACUGCGCGAGGGCGAGGUGGUCGUGUAUGCGGAGACGUACGAGAACCAGGCCAAGUAUAAAGACCAGUGGGGACAGCAGGGGCUAUACCACUGCCCCAACUUCUCGGACGUCAUGGGCCACAAGGCCCUCCCCAAGGAGGAUUUCCAGGCACCCCAAGGAUGGCACUGGCAGGGGCAGUGGACAGUGGAGCCUCAGAGGAGACUCCUCCUGGACGUAGACAUCAACAAGAGCCAGGUGCUAGAGGAGGUGUAUGAGAACCAGUGUCGUGACACCACGGGGGCCUGGGUGCAGGCAGCCAUCCCAAACACAGACAUGAACGGAGAGCCCGUGGAGGCCCGGGAGAAUGUGCAGUGUCCCCGAGGCUGGCAUGUUAAGGAGAGCUGGAUCGUGGAGCUGAACCAUGCGGUGGACAGUGAGGGCUGGGAAUACGGAGUGGGGAUUGAGCCGUCGGGCCAACCUCGGGUCUGGAACUCAGUGGAAAAGACCUACUACUCGUGCCGCCGGCGGCGCUGGGUACGUGUGCGCUGCCGGAACCACGGGAAGCUGAGCCUGGAGGAGGAGACCCUCUCCUUCCUGCAGCUGCACCACCCCAUCCCAGCCAAGGAUGAGGAGGGCUGGGAGUAUGGCACCUUCGGCUCCAAGUUCCACCUGAACCCUCAACCCCAGAGCCAGUUCCGCCGCCGCUGCUGGCACCGCAGGAUGGUCCCGAACAAGGACAAGGGCAUUGCACCCAUAUUCCUCCUGGAGGGAUCCUUGGGUAUGGAUCUGAAAGAGAAGAGAAGGAAGGAAGAGAACAAGAGGCUGACACCUGCUACAGACAAAAUGAUCAGGAGCUCCUGGAGGCCUGUCCCAGAGGACAUCCAGCUACAUGCCCUACCCUUCAUCUACUGCAUCUUCAACAAGCCCCACUACUACCAGCUUUUCUGCUACAUCUACCAGGCCCGGAACCUAAUGUCCAACCAGAUGCAGACAUUCCAGGUGCCCUUCAUUCGGUUGGUCUUCUUGAACCAUAGCCAGUGCACCCAAACCCUGAAGAGCUCUGCAGCCCCAACGUGGGCCCAGACACUCAUUUUCCAGCACCUUCUUCUGUAUGAGAACCCUGAAGACACCAAAGCAAGCCCUCCACUCGUGGUCUUGGAACUGUGGCAGCAGAACGCCCAGGGAAAGGAGAGCUUGUGGGCCCGGAGCAUGUGGUCCCCAGUGGUCUGGCUGGAUGUCCAAAAACGGACCCUGCCCCCUCUGAGGUGGCACCCCCUUGUAAAAUUGCUAGGGGAGAAAGAGGGUGAGAUCCUGGUGUCCUGUGAGCUGAUCCUUGAGACUGAGAGUGUCAAAGAGAGGCCACCAAUCUUAAGUGUUCCCUGGAAGAACGGAGUCUACACACUCCCCAAGAGCAUCCAGCCGACACUAAAGAAAAUGGCUGUGGAGAUUCUGGUCUGGGGCCUUCGGAACAUGAAGCAGGUGCGUUCCCCCCAGCUCCUGGUAGAAUGCUGGGAAGAGUCCCUGCAGACAGAGCCCAUCAAGGACUUCCAGACCAACCCUAACUUCAUGCAGUCAGUCCUCUUCCUCACGCUGUUCAUCCCCACAGAGGAGGCCUAUGCACCACCCCUCACAUUGAAGGUGGUGGACAAUCAGGACUUCGGCCAGCAGACCGUGGUGGGUCAGGCCAACAUCCACUCCCUACAACCCUACUUCUGUGACCCCUGGGCUGAGGACUACGUGCCUCCACAGCUCCCAAUGCUGUCUGUGAACAAGUACCAGAAGCUCCUAGAUUACUUCUAUGAAAAGUUCUGGAUCAGUCCCAGCAAAGCUCAGGAUCAGUACCAGCAUGAAGUGGACUGGUGGAGCAAGCUGUUCUGGGCCACAGGAGAUUCGAAGGCCCUGCAGUACAAGUACAAAGACUAUCAUACCCUGAAGGUGUAUGACUGUGAGCUGGAAGCCGUGCCCGCCUUUGAAGGCCUGCAGGACUUCUGCCAGACCUUCAGACUCUACCAAGAAGAGCCCAAGUUGGACAGCCCUGUGGUAGGGGAGUUCAAGGGCCUUUUCCGCGUCUACCCCUUUCCUGAGGAUCCAAAAGCCCCCAAGCCCCCCCGCCAGUUCUUGGUUUGGCGCAACAAAGAGGACUUCCCUCAGGAGUGCUUGGUGCGCGUGUACAUGGUUCGAGCCAUCAACCUGCAGCCCCAAGAUUCCAAUGGCCUGUGUGACCCUUAUGUGAUCCUGAAACUGGGACAGACAACGAUGGGCAACCGGGACAAGUACUACCCCAACACUCUGAAUCCCAUCUUCGGCAUUAUGUUUGAACUGAGCUGCACCAUUCCCCUGGAGAAGGACCUAGAGAUCCAGCUAUAUGACUUUGACCUGUUCUCACCUGAUGAAAAGAUUGGAACCACAGUCAUUGACCUCGAAAACCGACUCCUGUCUGGUUUUGGCGCCCGUUGUGGGCUCUCCAAAUCCUACUGCUACGCAGGGCCCUUUAGGUGGCGGGAUCAGAUGACCCCAAGCUUCCUCCUGGAACGCCAUGCCAAACAGAAAGGGUUGCCUCCGCCUUUGUUCAGUCCUGAAGAGGACACUGUUUUUUACAAUGGGAAAAAAUUCAAACUGCAAAGCUUCGAGCCCACGCCACCUCCUGUUCAUUACUUGGGACCUAAGAAAGAACGCCUUGCCCUGUACCUCCUGCACACCCAGGGGCUGGUGCCUGAGCAUGUGGAGACCCGCACAUUGUACAGCAACAGCCAGCCAGGCAUCGACCAGGGAAAGGUGCAAAUGUGGGUGGACAUCUUCCCCAAGAAGCUUGGGCCUCCUGGCCCCCCAGUCAACAUCAAGCCCAGAAAGCCUAAAAGGUAUGAGCUGCGCUGCAUUGUCUGGAAAACUGCCCAAGUGGAGCUGAGGAGAAGUUUAACCACCGGGAUGAGUGACAUCUAUGUCAAAGGGUGGUUAGCUGGGCUCGAGAAGGACAUGCAGAAGACGGAUAUCCACUACCACUCUCUGACUGGAGAGAGCAACUUCAACUGGCGGUUCAUCUUCACCAUGGACUACCUGGCAGCUGAGCGUAUGUGUGUCCAGAGUCAGAAGGACUACAUAUGGAGCCUGGACCCCACCGUGAUGAAGUUCCCAGCCCGGCUUAUCAUCCAGAUCUGGGACAAUAACACCUUCUCCACAGAUGACUUCCUAGGGGUCCUGGAGCUGGAUCUGUUUGACAUGCCCCUCCCAACCCGGCACGCCAACCAGUGCUCCAUCAGGAUGAUGGAGACUGACUCCAAGUGGCCCUACUUCCUCCAGUAUAAGCACUUCUCCCUUUUUAAGAAGAAGACCAUAACGGGCUGGUGGCCUGCCCAGGUCCUCGAUGGUGGCAAAUGGCACAUGUCGGGUAAAGUGAAGAUGACGCUGGAGAUUCUGUCAAAGAAGGAAGCCUUAAUCAAGCCAGCAGGGCGAGGCCAAUCAGAACCCAAUCAAUACCCUACACUUCAUCCUCCCCUACGCCCCAACACCUUGCUCAUAUUGCGGUCACCUGUGACAAUCUUCUGUCGCAUUUUCUGGAAACGCUACCACUUCAAAAUCAUCAUCGGUGCAAUCAUAUUUAUUAUAGCACUUAUGCUGUUCAACUUUAUCUACUCUGCCCCGAACUACUUGGCCAUGAGCUGGAUCAAACCUGAGCUUCGGCUGAAUGCUCCCAUUAAAACACCCACCAAUAUCAUGAAUCCACCAAGCAGCAGCAACGCCCACUCUUCCAUCCUCACCAGCCAGCAUCAGAACCUAAAUUCUACAAUAGACCAUGAGCUGAAACUCCUCCAGGGACCUAUGAAUCGCCUGCAAGACAUUUUUCCAGAACUUCCAGCCCCACAAGACUAAUUAGUCCAUGUCUGCCUGGCUUUUCUCCGGCCCAUCAUUGGCCCUACCCUUUCGCUUCCUACUAGUUCUCAUUUCUAUCUUCUAGGACAUAGACAGGGGGCUUCUGGGACAUAUGCAAUGAGGGGCAUGUUCUGUUCGGAAACCACUUCCAACAAGAACAGAGUUGUUGUCAUUUUCCCACUGAAGUAAACACAUUUUGUCACAGAGAGCUACCCUGUAAUUUAAGGGAGUUGAAGAAACCAUGAAAGCAAGACUCACAAGGACAGGGAACAUCAUCUUUA